AUGCCAUCCGCAUCCGCUGAUCCCACGAAAAACUUCAAGCGCAUCGGAGUCGUAGGGGUCGGGAGUAUGGGCUCCAUGAUGGCCUUUGCCUUCUCCGAGCUGGGUCUGGACGUAUCUGUCUGGGACGUGGACAAGAGAAAUGUUGAAAAAGUCAUGGAUUGGACGAAAAAGUCGACUACGAUGAAAGGCAAGAUCCAGGGCUUUACCGACAUCAAUGAAUUCACCCGCAGUCUCGAGGGUCAGGGAAUCGGGAAACUCUUCAUGUUCUCCAUCACCCACGGCGAGCCCGCGGACUCGGUCCUGAAACUGAUCAAACCGGAUCUAAAAUCAGGCGAUAUUAUCCUGGAUGGAGGCAAUGAGAAUUAUCGUCGCACCGAACGGCGACAGAGGGAAUGUCAGGAUAUCGGCGUACACUGGAUCGGGAUGGGCGUGUCUGGUGGAUAUCAGUCUGCUCGACGGGGUCCGAGUCUGUCGCCCGGAGGUGAUGCCAAAGCCUUGGAGCUGGUCAUGCCGCUUCUGGAGGCCUACUCUGCCAAGGAUCCCAAGUCGGGCGCACCGUGUGUGACUCGCAUUGGACCCGGCGGAUCUGGCCACUUUGUGAAGAUGGUGCAUAAUGGCAUCGAGGGCGGCAUGCUCUCAGCCCUGGCCGAGACAUGGUCAUACAUGCACUACGGCCUGGGGAUGGACUAUGAGCAGAUUGGCGAUGUCUUCACGCAAUGGAACUCUCAGGGCGAAUUACGCAACAACUUCCUGAUUCGGAUCGGAGCCGACAUCAUGCGAAUCAAGAAGACGAAGAAGGGCGACUGGCUUGGCGAGGGCACCAGCGACAGCGAUGGCUAUGUGCUGGACGACGUCCUUGACAAGGUCGUUCAAGACGACGACGGCACCGAGGGAACGCCUCUUUGGUCCCUGAUGGAAUCUGCUUCUCGACACGUUUCUACUCCCACCCUCGCCGCAGCACACUACAUGCGCAUCGCCAGCGGAAACCGCGCCGAGCGCGUCGAAGUCGCCAAGAAGAUCCAGGUGCCGGGUCCUCGACCGAUGGAGAAUAUCAAAGACCGCGCCACGGUCCUUGAGAAGCUCCGGAAAGCCGUCUACUGCACUUUCCUAUCAUCUUUCUGCCAGGGCUUGGAGCUCAUCGCCCGAGCUUCCAAGGAUGAAGGCUGGGCCGUCAACAUGGGAGACUGUCUGCAGAUCUGGCGCGCAGGUUGUAUCAUCCAGUCCGAUUACAUCGCAGACCUGUUGCAACCGGCCCUGACGGCCAACAAGCACAUUAUGAACUUGAAGUUCAUCGACGAGGUUGCCCAGGAGCUGCACAAUAAUCUGCCGGCUUUGAAGACGAUUGUCAUGGAAGGAAUCAUGUACGAUCAGUACAUUCCGGCCCUGUCGGCAACUUUGGAUUAUGUCAAGUACUCUGGAGGAACUGCCUUGCCGACCAAGUUCAUGGAGGCCCAGAUGGAUUACUUUGGUGCGCAUGGCUACAAUAAGCCGGGUGUGCCUGGAGAAGAUCCCGGUCCGACUCACAAGGGUUCGCAUCAUUAUGAAUGGAAGCCCGCGUGA